CAAACUCAAAGACCAUCCACCAACUUGAUCAAACAAUCAAAUUUGCCUUCCCCUUCGGUCAAAUGGUUUGACCCUUACAUCCCCCCACCUCCCUUCUCUCCGAUCUUCUCUAUUUAUAUAAAUACACGAAUCAGAAAUUACUUGCUAUAAGCAAUUUUUGUUUUAUCGUUCCUGAUAGGAUCAGAAAAUUCGUGAAAUAAAGAAAAAAUUUGCGCCUACUUGAUAUAUAUCGGAGAAAUUCGAAGAGGGACUUGCCGGAGAUGGCGAAUUUGUAUGUGCGGGCGGUGAUGCCGACGGAUCUGAAUCGGAACACCGAGUGGUUUACGUACCCAGGUGUAUGGACAACCUACAUCCUGAUAUUGUUCUUCUCGUGGCUGGUGGUGCUCUCUGUUUUCGGCUGCUCUCCAGGCAUAGCGUGGACCGUCGUUCAUCUGUCGCAUUUUGUUGUAACCUAUCAGUUCUUUCAUUGGAAGAAGGGGACGCCGUUUGCUGAUGAUCAAGGUAUCUACAAUAGGUUGACUUGGUGGGAGCAAAUAGAUAAUGGCAAGCAACUCACUCGUAACAGGAAGUUUUUGACAGUCGUUCCUGUAGUCCUGUACUUGAUAGCAUCGCACACAACUGACUAUCAACAUCCCAUGCUCUUCUUCAAUACACUAGCAGUUUUCAUUCUGGUGGUUGCCAAGUUCCCUCAUAUGCACAAAGUUCGUAUCUUUGGAAUCAAUGCCGAUCAAUGAUUCUUGGUCCGUUAAUCUCCCACCGCACCUUUACCUUCAGUUCCAACGUCUUUGGUCAGUACAGUUGUUGAAACUGUUGCAGUGGUGCAGCUUGGGAAGCGGACGGAAGCUGGAUAUUCUCUGUAUGAACUCUCUAAAUCAAUUUCUGUUGGUUGCAUGCGUUAUAAAAUUUUCUUUCACUUUAUUUCAUAGAUACGGAAACUUAAGUAGCUGCUUUUUUCCCCCUUAUCAAGGGGAUUGCUAGUGGAGUGGCUUAUCUUUGUUGAGUUGAUUAUGUUCCCAUUAAGUUUAGGGAAUUGUAAGAUACAGGGGACAAUCUUCUUUCUUACCUUUAUAAAUUGUGGUCCAAGAGACUUGGGAUUCAUUUUGAUGGCAUUUGUCGCACUGAUGUUCUCAGAGGCCCUACUUGUUUGAGAGAACAUUGCGGUUUAUGAAAUUACACCCGUAACAAGUCAAUCUACUGUAUUAUAUUUCA